GAUCCUAGCCAGCUCCUAGCCAGUAGUGGUGCCCAUCCAUCCGACCUGUUCCAAUGGCCCUUCCGUUCAUUGUCGGCCCGCACCAAUGCUCUCUCACUCAUGGGCCAGAAGGUCGCCCCCAAGUGGAGGUCACCUUUCGAAUGCGGUUGCCCACUGCAGAGUUUAUUGAUGCGCUUACUGUCGCUUGCGGAGCAACGUCUUUUGUUCCAACAGACAAGUCUGCCCGCCACGAAGGCCACACCUGCCCCAGUCAGCGCAUGGUCUCCGGUGGGCAGUGGUGGAAGCAUGAACAAAGGCACAACAAGCACAGGCGGGUGACGCGGGCUCCCACCACAAGGACACAAAGCGCCAAGCUCCUAGCACACGCAAACCGGCACACAAAGCGGCUCCCAGAUGUGGACCCAACACAUGCGAAGCUGCUCGCCACGCUCUCGCGCGCAGUAGCUGUCCCAGAAGCGGCUGCUCCCAAGCCGAAGGUGGUCCGGACACCUCCGGACACUUCCAGCUACGAAGGAACACGACAUAGUACCAGCACCGAGCCUCAGGAUGCUCACUUUAGCAGGCAGGCUGACAGCAGCGCUGCGCCUACGCAACACCGACCUCCCGGCGGAAACAUACAAAGCAAUCCAGGAGAGGAUCACGCAAUGGGCUUUCGCCCUCCCCCUCGACCUUUUGCGCAUCCGCAGAAAUGUCCGGUUCAGUGAGCUCAUCAUUGAGAGCUUCCACCUCCGGUGAAAAGCAAUCUUUGAUCGUCACCAGAAGGCAAGGUUUGCUGAUAGCGGAUUGCAGGGAUUCCAGUUUGGAAGCAUAGGGCUCUAUCAUGGAAGCACUCGACAUGGCAGGAUCAC